AUGCGGACGUACACGGCGCGGAAGAAAGAGAUCGAGGCGCUGUCCGAGGAGCUGCCGGCGCUCGAGGAGUACGUCGACUACCUCAAGCACCAGGCGGCCACGAUCAACAACCAUACCAACUCGACGCAGAAGCAGCAGCUCGUCAACUCGUGCCUGCGAGACACCGCCCACCGCCAGCAGCUCGCCCUCGCGCGCAUCCACUCGGCGCUGUCGGACUUCACCAGUCGCCAGGAGAAGCUCCUCCCAUUCGACAGCUUCAUCCACCUACGCGCAGACAGGAGGCAGCGGCUGCAGACGCUGCUGAAUAUCAAGUCGCGGAUGCUGCGCGACGCCCGCCGCUUCAUGCGCGAGCACACCGCGUUCAUGGACUUGAGCGUGCCCAGCUCGGAGCUCAGCAGCUUCGUGUCUCCGUCGGGCGACUACUGCGCGCUCAAGUUCGUCGUCAUGCCGCUGGAGGGCGACUUCAGCGCCAAGCAGGUGUUCGACACGCUCAAGUUCUACCUCUUCCACAUGGAGAUCAUGAUCUCCGAGGCCACGGGCGACCUCACGCUGUGCGAGGAGGAGGAACCCGAGAACCAGGCCGUCUCGCUGCACCGCUUCCUGCGCUCCACGCCCAGCGGGUUCCAGGUCGAGUCGAACGACGUCAUCUUCUGCCACUUCGACGAGCAGAACGACGAGUUCGGGGACGGCCGCGAGUACGGCGUCAUCGCCAUCGACUGCGUGGACAAAGACGACCUGCACCCGUACUCGCCCGACAAGAAGCUGCGGCAGGACCUCACGUCCAUCCUGACGGUCCAGACGCACAAGCACAAGGUGCCGUGCCCUCACAACCCCAAGAAGCUGCAGACGAGAACGGAGGUGGUGAUGGCUCGCAGCAACUUCUUCAAACUGCAUCGCACCUCGCUGCCGCUCUCGAGGAUCGAGAUGCAGGAGACCAUCGACCGGUUGGCAUGUCGAGGCAACCUCCUCUUCAACUCGGUUCGAGACUCGUUGUCGUCAGCCUCCGCCAAAUAA